AUGCAAAGGUGGAUUUUCUGCAACAUUGUUUUGCAUAUAUUAAUUUACUUAGCAGAAUUUAGCCAUGAACAGGAAAGUUAUUCUUCCAAUGAAAAAAUAAGAAAGGACUAUUCAGAUGAUAAUAAUUAUGAACCUACCCCUUCAUAUGAAAAAAGAAAAAAAGAAUAUGGAAAAGAUGAAAGUUAUAUAAAAAAUUACAGAGGUAAUAAUUUUUCCUAUGAUUUGUCUAAAAAUUCUAGUAUAUUUCUUCACAUGGGUAACGGUAGUAACUCGAAAACACUAAAAAGAUGUAACAAGAAAAAAAAUAUAAAGACCAAUUUUUUAAGACCUAUCGAGGAAGAGAAAACGGUAUUAAAUAAUUAUGUAUAUAAAGGUGUAAAUUUUUUAGAUACAAUAAAAAGAAAUGAUUCCUCUUAUAAAUUUGAUGUUUAUAAAGAUACUUCCUUUUUAAAAAAUAGAGAAUAUAAAGAAUUAAUUACUAUGCAGUAUGAUUAUGCUUAUUUAGAAGCAACAAAAGAGGUUCUUUAUUUAAUUCCGAAGGAUAAAGAUUAUCACAAAUUUUAUAAAAAUGAACUUGAGAAAAUUCUUUUCAAUUUAAAAGAUUCACUUAAAUUAUUAAGAGAAGGAUAUAUACAAAGCAAACUGGAAAUGAUUAGAAUCCAUUCGGAUAUAGAUAUAUUAAAUGAGUUUCAUCAAGGAAAUAUUAUAAACGAUAAUUAUUUUAAUAAUGAAAUAAAAAAAAAAAAGGAAGACAUGGAAAAAUAUAUAAGAGAAUAUAAUUUAUACAUAUAUAAAUAUGAAAAUCAGCUUAAAAUAAAAAUACAGAAAUUAACAAAUGAAGUUUCUAUAAAUUUAAAUAAAUCUACAUGUGAAAAGAAUUGUUAUAAUUAUAUUUUAAAAUUAGAAAAAUAUAAAAAUAUAAUAAAAGAUAAGAUAAAUAAAUGGAAAGAUUUACCAGAAAUAUAUAUUGAUGAUAAAAGUUUCUCAUAUACAUUUUUAAAAGAUGUAAUAAAUAAUAAGAUAGAUAUAUAUAAAACAAUAAGUUCUUUUAUAUCUACUCAGAAACAAUUAUAUUAUUUUGAAUAUAUAUAUAUAAUGAAUAAAAAUACAUUAAACCUACUUUCAUAUAAUAUACAAAAAACAGAUAUAAAUUCUAGUAGUAAAUACACAUAUACAAAAUCUCAUUUUUUAAAAGAUAAUCAUAUAUUGUUAUCUAAAUAUUAUACUGCCAAAUUUAUUGAUAUCCUAAAUAAAACAUAUUAUUAUAAUUUAUAUAAAAAUAAAAUUCUUUUAUUCAAUAAAUAUAUUAUAAAGCUUAGAAACGAUUUAAAAGAAUAUGCAUUUAAAUCUAUACAAUUUAUUCAAGAUAAAAUCAAAAAACAUAAAGAUGAAUUAUCCAUAGAAAAUAUAUUACAAGAAGUUAAUAAUAUAUAUAUAAAAUAUGAUACUUCGAUAAAUGAAAUAUCUAAAUAUAACAAUUUAAUUAUUAAUACUGAUUUACAAAUAGUACAACAAAAACUUUUAGAAAUCAAACAAAAAAAAAAUGAUAUUACACACAAAGUACAACUUAUAAAUCAUAUAUAUAAAAAUAUACAUGAUGAAAUAUUAAACAAAAAAAAUAAUGAAAUAACAAAGAUUAUUAUAAAUAAUAUAAAAGAUCAUAAAAAAGAUUUACAAGAUCUCUUACUAUUUAUACAACAAAUCAAACAAUAUAAUAUAUUAACAGAUCAUAAAAUUACACAAUGUAAUAAUUAUUAUAAGGAAAUCAUAAAAAUGAAAGAAGAUAUAAAUCAUAUUCAUAUAUAUAUACAACCAAUUCUAAAUAAUUUACACACAUUAAAACAAGUACAAAAUAAUAAAAUCAAAUAUGAAGAGCACAUCAAACAAAUAUUACAAAAAAUUUAUGAUAAAAAGGAAUCUUUAAAAAAAAUUAUUCUCUUAAAAGAUGAAGCACAAUUAGACAUUACCCUCCUCGAUGACUUAAUACAAAAGCAAACAAAAAAACAAACACAAACACAAACACAAACACAAAAACAAACACUAAUACAAAAUAAUGAGACGAUUCAACUUAUUUCUGGACAAGAAGAUAAACAUGAAUCCAAUCCAUUUAAUCAUAUACAAACCUAUAUUCAACAAAAAGAUACACAAAAUAAAAACAUCCAAAAUCUUCUUAAAUCCUUGUAUAAUGGAAAUAUUAACACAUUCAUAGACACAAUUUCUAAAUAUAUAUUAAAACAAAAAGAUAUAGAAUUAACACAACACGUUUAUACAGACGAAAAAAUUAAUGAUUAUCUUGAAGAAAUAAAAAAUGAACAAAACAAAAUAGAUAAGACCAUCGACGAUAUAAAAAUACAAGAAACAUUAAAACAAAUAACUCAUAUUGUUAACAAUAUAAAAACCAUCAAAAAGGAUUUGCUCAAAGAAUUUAUUCAACAUUUAAUAAAAUAUAUGAACGAAAGAUAUCAGAAUAUGCAACAGGGUUAUAAUAAUUUAACAAAUUAUAUUAAUCAAUAUGAAGAAGAAAAUAAUAAUAUGAAACAAUAUAUUACUACCAUACGAAAUAUCCAAAAAAUAUAUUAUGAUAAUAUAUAUGCUAAGGAAAAGGAAAUUCGCUCGGGACAAUAUUAUAAGGAUUUUAUCACAUCAAGGAAAAAUAUUUAUAAUAUAAGGGAAAAUAUAUCCAAAAAUGUAGAUAUGAUAAAAAAUGAAGAAAAGAAGAAAAUACAGAAUUGUGUAGAUAAAUAUAAUUCUAUAAAACAAUAUGUAAAAAUGCUUAAAAAUGGAGACACACAAGAUGAAAAUAAUAAUAAUAAUAAUGAUAUAUACGACAAGUUAAUUGUCCCCCUUGAUUCAAUAAAACAAAAUAUCGAUAAAUACAACACAGAACAUAAUUUUAUAACAUUUACAAAUAAAAUAAAUACACAUAAUAAGAAGAACCAAGAAAUGAUGGAAGAAUUCAUAUAUGCAUAUAAAAGGUUAAAAAUUUUAAAAAUAUUAAAUAUAUCCUUAAAAGCUUGUGAAAAAAAUAAUAAAUCUAUCAAUACAUUAAAUGACAAAACACAAGAAUUAAAAAAAAUUGUAACACACGAAAUAGAUCUUCUACAAAAAGAUAUUUUAACAAGUCAAAUAUCAAAUAAAAAUGUUUUAUUAUUAAACGAUUUAUUAAAAGAAAUUGAACAAUAUAUUAUAGAUGUACACAAAUUAAAAAAAAAAUCAAACGAUCUAUUUACAUAUUAUGAACAAUCCAAAAAUUAUUUCUAUUUUAAAAACAAAAAAGAUAAUUUUGAUAUACAAAAAACAAUCAAUAAAAUGAAUGAAUGGCUAGCUAUCAAAAAUUAUAUAAAUGAAAUUAAUAAAAAUUAUCAAACAUUAUAUGAAAAAAAAAUAAAUGUACUCCUACAUAAUUCAAAAAGUUAUGUACAAUACUUUUAUGAUCAUAUAAUAAAUCUAAUUCUUCAAAAAAAAAAUUAUUUGGAAAAUACUUUAAAGACAAAAAUACAAGAUAACGAACAUUCACUAUAUGCUUUACAACAAAAUGAAGAAUACCAAAAGGUAAAGAACGAAAAGGAUCAAAACGAAAUUAAGAAAAUUAAACAAUUAAUCGAAAAAAAUAAAAAUGAUAUACUUACAUAUGAAAACAACAUUGAACAAAUUGAACAAAAAAAUAUUGAGUUAAAAACAAAUGCUCAAAAUAAGGAUGAUCAAAUAGUAAAUACCUUAAAUGAGGUUAAGAAAAAAAUAAUAUAUACAUAUGAAAAGGUAGAUAAUCAAAUAUCGAACGUUUUAAAAAAUUAUGAAGAAGGAAAAGUAGAAUAUGAUAAAAAUGUUGUACAAAAUGUUAACGAUGCGGAUGAUACAAACGAUAUUGAUGAAAUAAACGAUAUUGAUGAAAUAAACGAUAUUGAUGAAAUAAACGAUAUUGAUGAAAUAAACGAUAUUGAUGAAAUAAAAGACAUUGACCAUAUAAAACAUUUUGACGAUACAAAACAUUUUGACGAUAUAUACCAUGCUGAUGAUACACGUGAUGAAUACCAUAUAGCCCUUUCAAAUUAUAUAAAGACAGAACUAAGAAAUAUAAACCUGCAAGAAAUAAAAAACAAUAUAAUAAAAAUAUUUAAAGAAUUCAAAUCUGCACACAAAGAAAUUAAAAAAGAAUCAGAACAAAUUAAUAAAGAAUUUACCAAAAUGGAUGUCGUCAUAAAUCAAUUAAGAGAUAUAGACAGACAAAUGCUUGAUCUUUAUAAAGAAUUAGAUGAAAAAUAUUCUGAAUUUAAUAAAACAAAAAUUGAAGAAAUAAAUAAUAUAAGGGAAAAUAUUAAUAAUGUGGAAAUAUGGUAUGAAAAAAAUAUAAUUGAAUAUUUCUUACGUCAUAUGAAUGAUCAAAAAGAUAAAGCUGCAAAAUAUAUGGAAAACAUUGAUACAUAUAAAAAUAAUAUUGAAAUUAUUAGUAAACAAAUAAAUCCAGAAAAUUAUGUUGAAACAUUAAACAAAUCAAAUAUGUAUUCUUAUGUAGAAAAGGCUAAUGAUCUAUUUUAUAAACAAAUAAAUAAUAUAAUCAUAAAUUCAAAUCAACUAAAAAACGAAGCUUUUACAAUAGAUGAAUUACAAAAUAUUCAAAAAAACAGAAAAAAUCUUCUUACAAAGAAACAACAAAUUAUUCAGUAUACAAAUGAAAUAGAAAAUAUAUUUAAUGAAAUUAAAAAUAUUAAUAACAUAUUAGUCUUAACAAAUUAUAAAUCUAUCCUUCAAGAUAUAUCACAAAAUAUAAAUCAUGUUAGUAUAUAUACGGAACAAUUACAUAAUUUAUAUAUAAAAUUAGAAGAAGAAAAAGAACAAAUGAAAACACUCUAUCAUAAAUCAAAUGUGUUACAUAACCAAAUUAAUUUUAAUGAAGAUGCUUUUAUUAAUAAUUUAUUAAUUAAUAUAGAAAAAAUUAAAAAUGAUAUUACACAUAUAAAGGAAAAAACAAAUAUAUAUAUGAUAGAUGUAAACAAAUCUAAAAAUAAUGCUCAACUAUAUUUUCAUAAUACACUAAGAGGUAAUGAAAAAAUAGAAUAUUUAAAAAAUCUUAAGAAUUCAACAAACCAACAAAUAACUUUACAAGAAUUAAAACAAGUACAAGAAAAUGUUGAGAAGGUAAAAGAUAUAUACAAUCAAACUAUAAAAUAUGAAGAAGAAAUUAAAAAAAAUUAUCAUAUUAUAACAGAUUAUGAGAAUAAAAUAAAUGAUAUUUUACAUAAUUCAUUUAUUAAACAAAUAAAUAUGGAAUCUAGCAAUAAUAAAAAACAAACAAAACAAAUUAUAGACAUAAUAAACGAUAAAACAUUUGAAGAACAUAUAAAAACAUCCAAAACCAAAAUAAACAUGCUAAAAGAACAAUCACAAAUGAAACAUAUAGACAAAACUUUAUUAAAUGAACAAGCACUCAAAUUAUUUGUAGAUAUUAAUUCUACUAAUAAUAAUUUAGAUAAUAUGUUAUCUGAAAUAAAUUCUAUACAAAAUAAUAUACAUACAUAUAUCCAAGAAGCAAACAAAUCAUUUGACAAAUUUAAAAUUAUAUGUGAUCAAAAUGUAAACGAUUUAUUAAACAAAUUAAGUUUAGGAGAUCUAAAUUAUAUGAAUCAUUUAAAAAAUCUGCAAAACGAAAUAAGAAACAUGAAUCUAGAAAAAAAUUUCAUGUUAGAUAAAAGUAAAAAAAUAGAUGAGGAAGAAAAAAAAUUAGAUAUAUUAAAAGUUAACAUAUCAAAUAUAAAUAAUUCUUUAGAUAAAUUAAAAAAAUAUUACGAAGAAGCGCUCUUUCAAAAGGUUAAAGAAAAAGCAGAAAUUCAAAAGGAAAAUAUAGAAAAAAUAAAACAAGAAAUAAAUACACUGAGCGAUGUUUUUAAGAAACCAUUUUUUUUUAUACAACUUAAUACAGAUUCAUCACAACAUGAAAAAGAUAUAAACAAUAAUGUAGAAACAUAUAAAAAUAAUAUAGAUGAAAUAUAUAAUGUUUUUAUACAAUCAUAUAAUUUAAUACAAAAAUAUUCUUCAGAAAUUUUUUCAUCCACCUUGAAUUAUAUACAAACAAAAGAAAUAAAAGAAAAAUCCAUAAAGGAACAAAACCAAUUAAAUCAAAAUGAAAAGGAAGCAUCUGUUUUAUUAAAAAAUAUAAAAAUAAAUGAAACCAUAAAAUUAUUUAAACAAAUAAAAAAUGAAAGACAAAACGAUGUACACAAUAUAAAAGAGGACUAUAACUUGUUACAACAAUAUUUAAAUUAUAUGAAAAAUGAAAUGGAACAAUUAAAAAAAUAUAAAAAUGAUGUUCAUAUGGAUAAAAAUUAUGUUGAAAAUAAUAAUGGUGAAAAAGAAAAAUUACUUAAAGAAACCAUUUCUUCAUAUUAUGAUAAAAUAAAUAAUAUAAAUAAUAAGCUAUAUAUAUAUAAAAACAAAGAAGACACUUAUUUUAAUAAUAUGAUCAAAGUAUCAGAAAUUUUAAACAUAAUUAUAAAAAAAAAACAACAAAAUGAACAAAGAAUUGUUAUAAAUGCAGAAUAUGACUCUUCAUUAAUUAAUAAGGAUGAAGAAAUUAAAAAAGAAAUUAAUAAUCAAAUAAUUGAAUUAAAUAAACAUAAUGAAAAUAUUUCCAAUAUUUUUAAGGAUAUACAAAAUAUAAAAAAACAAAGUCAAGAUAUUAUCACAAAUAUGAACGACAUGUAUAAAAGUACAAUCCUUUUAGUAGACAUCAUACAGAAAAAAGAAGAAGCUCUAAAUAAACAAAAAAAUAUUUUAAGAAAUAUAGACAAUAUAUUAAAUAAAAAAGAAAAUAUUAUAGAUAAAGUUAUAAAAUGUAAUUGUGAUGAUUAUAAAGAUAUCUUAAUACAAAACGAAACGGAAUAUCAAAAAUUACAAAAUAUAAAUCAUACAUAUGAAGAAAAAAAAAAAUCAAUAGAUAUAUUAAAAAUUAAAAAUAUAAAACAAAAAAAUAUUCAAGAAUAUAAAAACAAAUUAGAACAAAUGAAUACAAUAAUUAAUCAAAGUAUAGAACAACAUGUAUUCAUAAACGCUGAUAUUUUACAAAAUGAAAAAAUAAAAUUAGAAGAAAUCAUAAAAAAUCUAGAUAUACUAGAUGAACAAAUUAUGACAUAUCAUAAUUCAAUAGAUGAAUUAUAUAAACUAGGAAUACAAUGUGACAAUCAUCUAAUUACAACUAUUAGUGUUGUUGUUAAUAAAAAUACAACAAAAAUUAUGAUACAUAUAAAAAAACAAAAAGAGGAUAUACAAAAAAUUAAUAACUAUAUUCAAACAAAUUAUAAUAUAAUAAAUGAAGAAGCUCUACAAUUUCACAGGCUCUAUGGACACAAUCUUAUAAGUGAAGAUGACAAAAAUAAUUUGGUACAUAUUAUAAAAGAACAAAAGAAUAUAUAUACACAAAAGGAAAUAGAUAUUUCUAAAAUAAUUAAACAUGUUAAAAAAGGAUUAUAUUCAUUGAAUGAACAUGAUAUGAAUCAUGAUACACAUAUGAAUAUAAUAAAUGAACAUAUAAAUAAUAAUAUUUUACAACCAUACACACAAUUAAUAAACAUGAUAAAAGAUAUUGAUAAUGUUUUUAUAAAAAUACAAAAUAAUAAAUUCGAACAAAUACAAAAAUAUAUAGAAAUUAUUAAAUCUUUAGAACAAUUAAAUAAAAAUAUAAACACAGAUAAUUUAAAUAAAUUAAAAGAUACACAAAACAAAUUAAUAAAUAUAGAAACAGAAAUGAAACAUAAACAAAAACAAUUAAUAAACAAAAUGAAUGAUAUAGAAAAGGAUAAUAUUACAGAUCAAUAUAUGCAUGAUGUUCAGCAAAAUAUAUUUGAACCUAUAACAUUAAAAAUGAAUGAAUAUAAUACAUUAUUAAAUGAUAAUCAUAAUAAUAAUAUAAAUAAUGAACAUCAAUUUAAUCAUUUAAAUAGUCUUCAUACAAAAAUAUUUAGUCAUAAUUAUAAUAAAGAACAACAACAAGAAUAUAUAACCAACAUCAUGCAAAGAAUUGAUGUAUUCAUAAAUGAUUUAGAUACUUACCAAUAUGAAUAUUAUUUUUAUGAAUGGAAUCAAGAAUAUAAACAAAUAGACAAAAAUAAAAUAAAUCAACAUAUAAACAAUAUUAAAAAUAAUCUAAUUCAUGUUAAGAAACAAUUUGAACACACCUUAGAAAAUAUAAAAAAUAAUGAAAAUAUUUUCGACAACAUACAAUUGAAAAAAAAAGAUAUUGACGAUAUUAUUAUAAACAUUAAUAAUACAAAAGAAACAUAUCUAAAAGAAUUGAACAAAAAAAAAAUGUUACAAAAUAAAAAAAAAGUUGAUGAAAAAUCAGAAAUAAAUAAUCAUCACACAUUACAACAUGAUAAUCAAAAUGUUGAACAAAAAAAUAAAAUUAAAGAUCAUAAUUUAAUAACCAAGCCAAAUAACAAUUCAUCAGAAGAAUCUCAUCAAAAUGAACAAAUGAAAGAACAAAACAAAAAUAUACUUGAAAAACAAACAAGAAAUAUCAAACCACAUCAUGUUCAUAAUCAUAAUCAUAAUCAUAAUCAAAAUCAAAAAGAUUCAACAAAAUUACAGGAACAAGAUAUAUCUACACACAAAUUACAUAAUACUAUACAUGAGCAACAAAGUAAAGAUAAUCAUCAAGGUAAUAGAGAAAAAAAACAAAAAAAUGGAAACCAUGAAAGAAUGUAUUUUGCCAGUGGAAUAGUUGUAUCCAUUUUAUUUUUAUCUAGUCUUGGAUUUGUUAUAAAUAGUAAAAAUAAUAAACAAGAAUAUGAUAAAGAGCAAGAAAAACAACAACAAAAUGAUUUUGUAUGUGAUAAUAACAAAAUGGAUGAUAAAAGCACACAAAAAUAUGGUAGAAAUCAAGAAGAGGUAAUGGAGAUAUCUUUUGAUAAUGAUUAUAUUUAA